CGAACGUUGAUCCGCUUCAUGUCCAAAGCCAGCGCAAAGGCAGCAGCACAGUUGGUGCGACUUGUUGUGCCGGCGGGGAAAGCCGCCCCAACCCCUCCCGUUGGACCUGCCUUGGGAGCUCGUGGUGUCAAGUCUAUGGAUUUUUGCAAGGAAUUCAACGCUAGAACUGCUCAUAUUGAGCCUGGAGUACCAAUACCAACUAUGAUCACGGUACAACCCGAUCGCUCAUUCACCUUCAUCACGAAGACUCCGCCAACAACCUAUUUCUUGAAACAAGCUGCAGGCCUUGAAAAAGGCGCCGCAAAACCUGGGCACGAGACGACUGGGACCAUCAGCUUGAAACACGUGUACGAAAUUGCGAAAAUUAAGGCCACCGACGAGCAUAUGCGGCACAUCUCGAUGGAGUCCAUCGCCAGGAUGGUUGUGGGGAGCGCUAGAUCGCUUGGGUUACAAGUCGUGCCCUGA